GACCAAAAUACUUUGCAUCGCUGAAAAUGCAUAUUUCCAGCCCGUGAUCCCCAUCGGACUCCGCCCGCACACGGCGCAUCAAGACUGGAAUGAUGCGUGUGCCACGACCAUCACUGUUGCCGAGGCUUGCAAUUAUUGCGGGUGUUCUCUUACUCCUGGUACAUUUCCGCAGCCGAUUAUGGACGUCAUGUUUCUUCUGUUCGGAUGCCUCAACGAGCUCUGAUCACACAUGGCGCUCUGGCGCUCCCGCAGGUCCAGCAAAAGAGAAAGACCUUGCAUGUCGCCACCUGCCUGGCGCAGACAAAGCACUUCUCGUAAUCAAGACCGGUUCGACAGAACUGGAGGCGAAACUACCUGUGCAUCUCAAGACAACGAUACUCUGUUACCACGACUACUUGAUCUUCUCAGAUUUUGAUGAUGAUUUCGAAGGCGAGAAAAUUAUUGAUGCGCUGGAGUCUGUUAGCACGUCUAUCAAAGAGACUCAUCCGGAUUUUGCAUUAUGGCGUCGAUUGCAGAAAGGUCAUCAAGGACGGCUAGCUCUUACUUAUGAUGAUAAGCACCGUCCAACAAAUCCGGAUGGCGGUAGAGUGAAUAUGGAAAAUCCAGGCUGGCUGCUAGACAAAUGGAAAUUCCUGCCUAUGAUGAUUCGGACAUAUCAGGAAUUUCCUAACAAGCCAUGGUACGUCUUUGUUGAGACGGACACCUUUAUCUUCUGGCAUGGAAUGCUCCAGUAUCUCGAACGACUAGGUCACACCGCACCGUGGUACGUUGGAGGAAUGAUCGAAGCCGAGGGCAUCCAAUUUGCGCAUGGCGGAUCCGGAUUUUUGGUAUCUCAGCCGGCUAUGAAAAUGGUCACCAAUAUACUCUUAGGCGCAAAAAAGCAAACCCAUUGGGAAAAUGUUACCGAUCAUCAAUGGGCAGGGGAUUGCGUUCUGGGCCAGGCAUUCGCCAAGAGCGGCACAGGCUUGCAGUUCGCUUGGCCGAUGCUGCAGGGUAACUCUGUCGUCGAUAUGGACUACAGCGAUCAUACAUUUUGGUGCUCUCCGGCGGUCUCAUAUCACCAUGUCCCACCAAGCCUGGUCGAGCAAUUGUGGAAGUUCGAACAGGAAUGGAUCGCAAGUUUCAAAGGAAAGACUCCACGCACAAUAACACACGGCGAUGUCUUCGAGAAAUUUGUCUUGCCGCAAACAACACGUCCCCGAAGCGGUUGGAACAAUCUAAGCGAUCAGCAAGAGAGCGAUGUGAACUCGGCUGAGGAAUGCAUAGCUUUAUGUCAACAGACAAGCUCCUGUCUGCAGUAUUCCUUCAAUACCGCACAGGGUGUUUGCUAUACCACCGAUCAUCGGCCCAACAUCGGAGAAGCUCAAGAGGGCGUGGAGUCGGGUUGGAUCAACGAGAGAAUGCAGCAAUUUUUGGCGACUCGCAAGAACAAGUGCGAUGAUGUACAUUGGGAUUGAUAGAUCAUAUUCAUUUUUGGUUCUUCAAACUUUCUAUCCGACUCCGUCACGGCGAUUACACUCUCAACAAGUAGUAUGAAAUAUCGUUUGGCACUAC